AUGGCGCUCGCCCAAGCCAACAAAUGGCCGUAUCGCGACAUCAACCUAAAGGUCACCAACGAUGCAUAUUCGUUCACCUCCCCCUCGUCGCCGGAUGCGCCCGCUUUGAUCCUCGAUCGGCCCACUGGAGAUGUCCGCCUGAGCGAGAGUUCAUUGCAAAACACCAAGCGGGCCACGCGCGUGUCGAGCAUUGCUGGUAUUCUGGGCGUCAUCCAGCUCAGGCUAGACAAAUAUGUAAUCAUCAUAAACAAGGCAAAGCCCAUGGGCCGCCUCAAGGGCCAUAUGGUCUACAAAGUCAUUGCGACAGACAUCUUGCCAAUGCGCGAACGCCAAAUCCACGACCCAGACGAGGAUACCUUUAUCGAACUUCUGAAGACGUUCCUGGCUACGGGGCCCAUGUACUUCUCAUACUCGAUCGACCUCACGAAUUCGAUCCAGCGUCAGUCCCAGGCCGACUUGUCGCAGCCGCUAUGGGCACGCACAGACGACCGGUUUUUCUUCAACAAGUACUUGCAGACCGACCUGAUCAACUUCCGUACACAAGGCACACGGAGCCAGCCUGGUCAGCAAACUGGGAUUGACCCUUUCAUCCUGCCAUGCAUCUUUGACGAAGAGGGCCAUGCUGCCAACUACAACGAGACCGAGCAAAUCGUCAUCUUCAACGACAACUCCACAAGUGGAAUGUCUGGUCAUGAGGGCAGCUCCAACAUGCAGAGUGGAAAGCUAGGUGGUGCAGACCAGGACAUGCAGAUCUUCGCCUACGUGCAGACCCGCGGCAGUGUGCCAUCGUACUGGGCUGAGAUCAAUAGCUUGCGCUACACGCCCAAGAUUCAAGUCCGGAGCCCUGAAUCAGCCUUCACCGCUGCCCGGAGGCAUUUCGACGAGCAAAUCAGGAUCUACGGCGACAAUUAUCUGAUCAACCUUGUCAACUCCAAGGGUCGCGAAAAGAACAUCAAGGACCUGUAUGAGAAGAUGAUGCAAGUACUGGUCACGGCGCCAAAGGAGCGAACCGAGACAGAUCGUCUCACUGACGAGAAGUUCCACAUGAUCACUCCUCAAACCAAGGCACAGGAAUUCGACAAGCUCCACUACGUCUACUUUGACUUCCACACUGAAACCAAGGGAAUGGCCAUGCACAAAGCCUACCUGCUCAUCGAGCGCAUGGCGAACGAGAUUGAACAGCAGGGCUACUUCAAGGGCGUCGAGACCCCAGGUACCCGGGACGGCGCGAUUGAUGCGCGCAAGUUCCAGAGCGGCGUGAUGCGUACCAAUUGCAUGGACUGCCUUGACCGCACCAAUGUCGUGCAAAGCAACUUUGCUCGCCACAUGCUCGAUCAGGUCUUCUGGGAGCUCGGCCUCACGCCCCGCGGCACCAUGUUCCGCGAGGAGGACCCGGCCUUUGAGUUCCUGUUCCGCAACCUCUGGGCCGACAACGCCGACGUUGUGUCGCAGUCGUACUCUGGCACUGGCGCCAUGAAAACCGACGUGACCCGCACCGGCAGCCGCACCAAGCUUGGUGCCCUGCAGGACGGCCGCAUUGGCCUCACACGGUACUUCCGCAACAACUUCCUCGACGGCCCGCGCCAGGAUGCCUUUGACCUGUUUCUCGGCGCAUACCAGCCCGGCGUGUCCAACAUCGGCACUAGCCUCGUCUUUGUCGACAAGAGGCCCAUCCUUAUCCAGUCCAUCCCUUAUCUCCUUGCGUUUAGCAUAUUCAUCGUCUUGGUGGGCAUCUUCACCAGGCGCGACCCUACGUCGAGCGCUAUUCCUAUCCGCCUGUUCAUUUUGUUUUGGAGCCUCGUGUCGGUAUUCUGCUUCAACUUCAUCCUCAACCACGGCAUGCUUUACGUCAACUGGCCACGGCUCAAUCCGAGACCCUUCGCCACCGAAGGGUAUGCGGAGCACUACUCCAAAGCCACCAAGGCGCCCAUUGUCGGCCCCUUUGUCGCUAAGCACGAAAGAGGCAUGAGCACCGCUCGGUACCUUAACGCGGAGGAGGGCAAGAAGCGUAUUGAAUAG